UUCUUCUAGAUGCCCACCUAAAGCGAUCUAUAGAGAAAAGAAGAAGAAGAAUGGGCAUGUUUUGAACAAAACCCAGAGCUUCAGAAUAAUAAUGGGUAAUGUAAGUGGGAAAAGGAAUGGGGACGAAGCUGAGAGCUCCGGGGCCAAGAAUGUGGAAGAAGAGGAGUAUAUGGAGUAUGUCCACUCUCCAGGCUCCAUGGUUCAAUACUCCCCUCUUCAUACCCCCAGGGCUUAUCAAUCACCUUUGAUUUUCACUCCACAGGUCCCUGAUGAAAUGAUACAGAACCAAAGCAAUGAAAACACAGCAGAAGAGUAUGGAGAGAUGGGAAUGGGUUUAGGGAAUGGGAUACCGACAAUGAUCACAUGGAGGCAGGGUGGAAAUGAGGUUGCUGUUGAGGGAUCAUGGGAUGACUGGCAAACAAGAGACUACUUGCAAAGAACAGACAAGGAUUUCACUGUGAUGAAGAUGUUGCCAUCUGGGAUUUACCAUUUCAGAUUCAUUGUUGAUGGGGAAUGGAGGUAUGCUCCAGAUUUCCCACACGACCGUGAUCAUAUGGGGCGUGUCUUCAAUGUGUUGGACUUGAAGGAUGUUGUUCCUGAGGUUGUUGUAAACAACAUGUGUUUGCCCGAAUCGCCACCUUCCCCUGCAUCAAGCUACAAUUCUGCACCUUUUAGUUCUGGCGAUUUUAACGAAAAGCUACCUGAUUUGCCUCCUCUCCUGCAACAAACGCCACUAAACCGGAUAUCUUUAUCCCGGGAUAGUGUGGAGACGCAGCAGAAGCCAUUGCCUGCAGUUCUGAACCAUCUUUAUUUCCAGAAAGGCCACGCUGGACAGUCCAUGGUGGCACUAAGUUCAACCCACAGGUUUCGAUCCAAAUAUGUUUCUCUGGUGCUCUUCAAAUCCUUAAAAAGGUGAACAAAUGAAUGGUGUUGGAUCAGUAGUUAAGGCAAAUAAUGCUCAAUGGAUGGGAAAUUCCAAUUUUUGCUCAUCAUAUAUAUAUAUAUGAUUGUUUGAUAUGUGACAUUAUAUUGCAACCUGUUGUAUUAUAUGUAUAUCCUUAAAGCCAAUUUCACUAGUAUAUUAUAACAUUUCUAAUAUAACCUUUGAAAGUUUGAA